AUUCCUCUCAAAAAAAUCAAUCUGAUUGGAACAAAAAAUAAUAAUAAUAAAUAAAUGGCAAUGGCUUUCAGGGGAAAUAGCUACUGGAAAUCAAUGCUAAUCCGACAACUAGGAGGAAACCGAUCGUUUGCAACAUCAACCGCUCCCAAAUUUGCACCAACUGUUGAUGCUGCUCAUGCAGAUAAUAGCUUAAGUUCCAGGCUGGGUUUGAAGUUUGAGUUAGCCCCAUUGUAUGUGCUGCUGGGAAUGGUUGGGGCAGGUGUGAUUAUAGGGAUUCAUACGGUGAAGCAGCAGCUCAUGCAUUCCCCAACGGUUCGCGUCAACAAGAAGAGGAGGGUAUCCUUGCCGGAGAUAGAGGAUCCGGAAGUUAUUAUCAACAAUUCCGAUAAGUUCCUGAAUAAAUCUUUCCUCAGGAAGGUGGCUCACAUUCAGGAUCGCAAACCUGUCCUCCCUGAUCCCACCCGCGCCGACCCAUAUGCUCGACCUCGAACUGCAGAGACCCUUAAAACUGUUGGAGUCAACCCAACUGGCCAGUGAAUUCUAUCUCGGCAAGCUGAAUCAAAAUCUAUUAGUUUCUGUCAUAGUUAAUCUUGUGAAGAAAAAAAGAAAAAAAAACAGAUGGUGUCACGUUUGUACAUAGAAAGUUUUGUCAUUUUUGUUUUUUCUUUUCUUUGUUCACUUCUUCAACUGUGAAAUGCUACACGUACAAGCUGGGAUCCCUCACUUGAGACUAUUUUCGUGUGUGUGGAAGAGGAUCGUAGGACCUCUCAUUUCUUGUUUUUCCUUUGGUUUUUUUGCUUUUGUUUUCGAAUAAAACGACGACACCUGCAUUUGUUAUUA